AUGAUACGUUACCACUUCGUCCUCUUAUUAAGCAUUGUGCUGUUCAUCGUGUCUCGCAGUUCUCCAGCCAUCGGUACAUCUUUCGGGACGUCUGACGCUUCAGGUGUGGUGGACGACGUGUCUGCUGAGCGGUCGGAUGAGGCUUCGAUGGUAAUGUCCGGUAGGGACGAAAAUCGCAUCUGGAACUUCAUAGGACAACUAUUGGAGGUGCUUGCCAACCCCCUAAAGUUGAUGCAGCAGCUGCGUUUUGAGAAAGCGCUCAAAGGCGUAACUUCAAUCAAUAAAGCCUACAAAAUCUUAAAGCUAAAGCAACUCAAGUUCGACUCCAUCUAUCUCAAGCCGACGCAAGAAUCUGGGGGGGAGAAGCCCAAGCGCGCUCUACCUAAUGAACAAGCUCUGCUCUACUUCGGAAGUCCCCGCUUUCGAGCUUUCUUCAAUUGGGCUAAGCGAAAUGCAAAGUCCCCAGCUGCUGCUCAUCUUCUUGUGGCUGAACACCUCGAAUAUAAGCUGGGUAGGCGAAGAACUCUGGAGUGGCUGUAUUUGGCGCAAUUAAUGGGGUCGGGAAGAACGUACAAGAUCGCAGAAGCGUUGCAAAGUGCUUUAAACGACAAGUGGCGCUUCAAGUACGAGAGCGGAGACGCUCUGAGAAGAACACUUUGGGGCCCAUCGAGCGCUGAAGACAAAGGCCUCCGUCCUCAUCUCGAGAAUGACGUCGUUCAACUGUACCUGGCAAUAAACAAGCGGAAGGCUAUCAAAACGAUGAGAAAGCGUCCAUGGAUCAUCUGA